UACUCGGGUAUGGUGCAGUAAAACUACUCAAAAAAAAUCUUUCAGAAAGUUACUGGUUUAAAUGCAAAUGUAACUACCCACCUCUUUGUGUGUGUUGAAUGGUGGGCGUGCUGCACAGCUAUGCUUUGAAAAGCCAUGCACCGGACCAAAGAGAGCCAGAACGUGUAGAUUUACGCACGGCGACGCUCAGUAUUCUGCGGCGAUGUUUCCGCUGAGAGCUUUCCCUCUGUGGCUGGUCUUGGUUCUUCUGGAGCACCGAUCCCCAUGGGCUUUUGGUGCCAAGCAGCCCCGCAUCCCGCAGAAGAUCGGCGGCGGGAAGUUCUCCACCAGAGACGGGAUGCGGUGCACGUGGAGCGCGGGAGAAGCCGGAGACGCGGUGAAGGUGCGGGUGCACUGCGAGACAUCCGGGGCACGGGGGCACGGCGGAAUCACCGAAACGAGCUGCGAGUACCUGGGCAGACCUCGGAGCUGUGCGGGCUACUACUCCGACCCCAAAGCCUUCUGGAAACAAGCGGCGCGCGCGUUCAAGAAGCUGCAGCGCAAAGUGUGCGCAGACAGGCGCGCGCUGGUGAGAGUCGGAAUGUGUAGACGCGCGCCAGGAGAGGCGCAUCUCAGGCUGGAUCCGAACAGCGUGAAGAAAAGCACGAGUGCUCCCACGACGCCGCCGCCGCCUCUCCACGCGACGACAGCGGCGUGCGUAAAGCGCGCAGAUCACCAGAGAACAGCGGAGGAGUAUUGCAGCAGCUCCUGGGCCAGCGUCUGCGCUUUUCUCAUGUCCUUGGUGCAGAGUGAAGACUGCUAAGUCAGGCCACACUCAGGGCGCAUGCAGGAUUUACCUCAGGACCUGUUUAUUAAACACCAAACACAGACAGGGCUUUAAUUCAUUCAUUUGUUCUCAAAUUUGUUGUGAAAUAUGGUAACUUAUGGCCAGUUUACCCAUCUAAGUGCCCUGUGUUCAAGGCUGGGUCCACCUCAAAUGACUUAUUUCUUUAGAUUCCAAAUCACAUCAUAACUCAUCAUCAUACCCAUUACUCUAACUCCUAAUGUGUGUUAUUGGGAUUUUAGAUGAUAGAUCAACACAAGGUAGGGAAUUAGUUUGUAUCGCUUUACUUGUAAAAAUCUGUUAAGUGUGGUGUGCAGCCCAUAGGAGUUACAUCCUCAAGUCUUUUAGGGAGUGUCUGCUUUGCUCAUAGAGAUAUUUUUCCCAUUCUUCUUUCCAAAGUAACUUAAGUUCUAUCAGCUUGCGGAGAGUGUCCAUUAUUUAAGUCCACAUAGUCUUAGUUUCAUUUAUGUCUGGACUUUGACUAGGCCAUUCCAACACAGAUGGACUCUAUUGACCAAUAAGAUGACUUUUGAAGGUAAUUGUUUACAUUUGAUUUUAUUUAGGGGUAUGAGAGUAAAGGGGGUCUGUAUGCAUAAAAGCAUGUCACGUGUUUCUGAUUUUAAUUUGUAAAAAAAAAAAAA